AUGAUGGAGCAGUUUUUGUUCAUGACAACGUCGGCGUUUGCCGUUUUCAUCUUACUCCUCAUCUCAACUUCAAUACCAUACACUUUUUUGAGGACGUGCUGUGUAAAUGCCUCGAAAACUUCAAUAUCGUUUCUGGGUUGCGCAUCCUGCGGAGUCUUCAUUGCCACGUGUUUUCUAGGACUUGUCCCACACGUCAGGCAUCAAGAAAUGCAUUUGAGAGGGAAUCAGACGAUAGUGGACAGUUACGGAUGGAUUCCAUCAACUGAUCAACUUGUGAUCAUUGGAUUCCUGAUUAUACUGAUAAUAGAACAAGUGAUUCAUGGAAUCGGUCAUUCCAUUGGAGGAGGUCACUCACAUUCAGGACAUAGUCCAUUGGCGACGAGUGAUUCCAUGAAAAUGAACAAAUUUCAUGAUGAAGAAGAAGGCGAAGAUCAUGUACCAUUAGUGGCUAUGGAUGAUGAUUCUGAUGAAAUCGUUUUCAGACAGAAUGCAAGUCCUCUCCAUCGACCAACGUCUUCUGGACACUGUAGAUCUUCGCCGGGCAGUUCAAUGAAUAUCCGAGUAUGGUUCCUUCUUCUCGGAAUGUCGGUUCACUCAUUCUUCGAAGGAGUAGCUCUCGGAGUUCAAAAUGACACCAAUGCAUUCUGGCAGAUACUGAUUGCAGUCCUAUUUCACGAGGUUCUCUGUUGUGUAUCUUAUGGUGUUCAGUUGGCCAAGCAUAACGCAUCGAGAAAGUACGCAUGGACUUCAUCUAUCUUUCUGUCGGCUACGAUUCCCGCUGGGAUGGUUUUGGCCACAAUGAUCGAUGGAAUUGAAAAUGAUAUGUGGCAACGAAUCGGGAGAUACUGGCUGGAAGGUCUUGCAGCUGGAACAUUUGUACAUGUGGCUCUAGUUGAGCUUCUUCCAAUGGAACUGCAUUCAGAUGAGGAUGGGGAUGGAGGUCAUGGACAUAGUCAUAAUGUGAUAGCAAAUACAUCUCAUGCACAUUCGAAAUCCUCCUCUUCUCAGUGGCUUUCACUUGUCAAGUCUCUGUUCGUUGCGGCUGGAAUUGGCAUUUUUGUUAUCAUCAAGUCGAUGAUUGGAGAACACCACUAA